AAGGUCAAAAUGUCAACAGGCACUUACCAUCCGGUGAUGACACAACCAUUUCGUGUACAAAGUAAAACUUCCAUCCGGCCACAAAUAGAGCAUGUCCGACAGAAGUUUCUUGAAUGCUAUGUCUGUAAUGAGGAUUUUAAUGAGACUGACCAUAUACCUAGAACUUUACCUUGUCUACAUUGUGUUUGUGAAGUUUGCAUGGAAUCUCUGAAAACACGCGAUUCUGUAGUGUGUCCAGAAUGCAAUGAAUCGCAUCCGGUUCCAAACGGAGAUGUUAAAAAUUUUGAAAAAGAUGGUUGCAGGGGAUAUCUUGUUAAUUAUUUACAGGUACAAGCGAACGAAACUGCAAUAACAUGCGAUGAAUGCUCAAAUAAACGACGCGGGACACAUCGAUGUAAAGAGUGUUCACAAUUUCUUUGCAAUGACUGUACCGAUGCCCACAUGAAGACAAAAGUCACUAAGAGACAUGAAAUAACAAACGUUAACGAUCUCAAGGACUGCACGAUAGAAGAACUACAAGCCAUCCAACGUUGUUCAGUCAAAGGUCAUGAAGAUCAACAGUUCCAAUAUUACUGUGUUUCGAACACUUGUGAUAAACCGGUCUGUGCUCUUUGUGCUGUCCAGUUCCAUUCAGAAAGUAAAGGACACAAGCUACGGACUCUGAUGGAUGUAUAUCUGGAAACAAAAAGAACUGUAGAUACUUUGGUGUCAGAGGUGAAACACAAACAACUGACGGCUGAGGACACGUUGAAUAUUGUGGAUGGAAUAAUCGCCAACCUUGACGAAGUUCAAGAAAAAAUAGUGGAAGAUGUUGAAGUGGCUUUCGGACAAUGUCAAAAGAAAUUAGAAGAACGAAAAGAAGAAGUAAAAAACGAGCUGUUGAAUGCAGUAAGCGUAAAGAAAAAACGUCUUCAAGAUCAGUUAAGCUCUCUCAAUUUCCACAAAGGAAACCUGGAUGACUCUAACGAAUUCGCAACAUGUGUGUCAACAUAUGCUACCCCUUCAGAGUUUAUGAACUUCAAAGAUAAAGUAAUUGAUAGGUUGAAAGACAUGAACACUCGCCAUUUUGACGUCAAUCCACAUGAUAAUGCUGAUGUUCAGUUUCACCUGGACAACAUGGGAGAAGAUUUCAAGCAUUUUGCAAACAAUGUUGGAAAGAUAUGGUCUUCAUCACUUUAUAUACCAAAAACGAAUGUGACAAUGAGUGACAUCCCAGCUGACGUAGAGGACGUUCCUAUUACCAUCUUUCUAUACAAUAUUGACGGUGAUCCACAAGUAGAAGGUGGUGUUGACAUUCGAGUUGAAAUUGAAGAUCCAAAUGGUAAGAUUCACCGACCUACAGUGGAAGAUUUCACUGCAAAGCAAGGAUGUUAUAAGGUCUACUUCAUGUCUGCAAAACAUGGGAAACACAAGGCAACAGUUUUAAUCAACGGAGAUAGCAUCAAUCCUGAUGGGUACAGAUUCAAUGUCAUCUCUCACGGUGCUGGUAGACAAUCUGUUACUUACAGGUCUGCAAGAAUCCCAGAUACGCCUCAACCUAGAAAUUUGGUGUCACCAACUAACUCGGAUGUUACCAUUGUGGGUCGUAUCACUCCUAGAGAUAUCAUGCAUGGAGAUGUCAAUUGUGUCGACAUUUCUUUUGAUUCGUCUGUUGCACAUAAUUCCAUGGACAUAUCUGGCGAUGAAAAGGUGAUGAAAGUCAAGACAAUGAAACAGCGACAAGGAAUUAGCUUCCGGGAACCUGAAGCAGGACAUUUCAGAAAUUAUAAAGGAACGAUAGCAACCAAAUCUUUCAACAAGCCUGGCCUGUUUUACUGGGAAGUUGUAGUCCAAUACAAAAUUUUGCGCUUGAUCCGACAGACAAUGCUUUUCGAAAUGGGCCUUGCAAGAAUUGAUUGUGUUGAUAAACGCUACACUGUGGAUGCAUUUCCUUACGCAUGGGCAGUAAGUGCACGUGGGUGUCAUAUCUGCGGAAAGGUAUGCCUGCAGACGUGGCAUAAUGGCCAACUAAUGACGCAUAAUCCUUUGUCAAAUCGAACACCAACGCCUGCCACUAUGGUAGUUAGGCUUCAUUAUGGGUUUCUUCUUGAUUCAAUCAAACGUCAUUGGAUAAUCGUCGACCUGAAAACAAAAAAAGUCAUCUUCCAUUUUAAAAACUUGGUUAUUUCUGAGAUGUCUGAUCCCCUGUUUCCUGUUUUCGCCCUAUACAGCCCAGAACAGGUUCAAGCUUCCAUGGAACUCUUGUCUGGAAUGAAUAUUACAGGAAUCCCCGAGGAAGCUUUAGACGCUAUAGUAAUAACGUAGUUUAUUCUUUGGAGUGUUGUAGCUUAGAACUGACAAUCUUGUUUAUGAAAUGUUUUACAAAGAAAUCCAUUGAACAAAUUGUAAAAAUUGCGACCGAAAGAUUGUAUUUCCAUUUUUUCAUAUAUGUUAUAUUAGUUUUCAUAUCAAGUAGACUAAAUGUAUUUGUAAAAACCUUUUCUUAUUAAAAACAUCAUAACAAA